AUGCUGUUUCAUUGCAAAUUCAUACUACUGCACAUUACAACCUCCUUCUGUAACUUGAGUAAUACCACUCGCUCUUCAUCAAGAUCACCAAUAAUCCCCACACGAACACAAUCCGUCCUUAAAAUGAUGAAACCUGUGCAUGUCUCGCACGAUAAUCUCUCUCCCAGUCACGAGCGAGAUAUAUUUAGUCGCGUUAUGGCAGUCCCCACAAACCCGAAGAUUCUUCCUUAUAUGAAUAGUGGUCCCCGGGUCCGUACUAAUGAGCCCAAACGAGAUAGCGAGCUUCUCACUAUGAGUGCUCAGCAAUUGCUCCUGAACAUCGUCUUCCACCUCAUGCAUCGAGCUCUUAUCCGGAACAUACCCAGCCUUCUUGAUCCUCUCCAUCAAUUUCUCGAGAUACGCGUAAAUCCUAUCAGACUGCGGGUGGCUCGUGCUCCCCGAAUAAAACGUGUGCACCUCAUUCCACAAAUCCACCGAGCUAAAACCCGGAGUCUUCUGAAUCCCCUUCUUCUCCAUCAACUUUCUCACUUUACCCACUUUCUCCCACAUGGACGCGACUGCGUAUAUGUUUGCAAGCAAGACCAUGGCGCCGUACACGUUGAUCCCAGGCUCGACCGGCAUUUUCUGAAUAAAGUCCCAGGCCUCGUCUACCCGUCCCGCCCGGCCCAACAGGUCAACCACGGCCCCAUAAUGGUCCAUCGACGGCUCAAGCCCGUACUCUUCCUUCAUGAGAUCGAAAUAUCGGCGGCCCUCGUCCACGAGGCCCGAGUGACUGCAAGCAGAGAUCAUGCACAGAAAAGUGACAUCUUCCAAAGCUUCCCGGCCGAAGCCGUGCGUGCCAUAGCCGUCGAUCAUGGCAUUCCACGUGGUGACAUGUCGCUCAUCCAUCGAGUCGAAAAGCUCUUUCGCCAUGCGUACGGACCCGCACUUUGCGUACAUGUCGACAAGGGCAGUCAUCACGAACAUGUUCGUACCCAAACACGUCCUUACACAGAGCCCGUGAACCCAUUUCGCGUGCUUCAACACCGAGAGCUCGGCCACGGCGUCGCGUCUCGUGCCGCCGCGCUUUUGCAUUUCGCGGUAGAGCUUCAUAGCCUCGAUUGCUCGCCCAGAAUCAUCGCGUUCCACGAGACGAGCGUUUUUGUUUUCAACUUGCGGAAUAAUUCGGCGGCUAUAUCCCACCGUUUGCACUUGCAGUACAUUGAGAUCAGAGAGUUUAUUACGGAAACAUCCGAAUCGAGUCCCGGCUGA